CUCCGGACGGGGCGCGCACCGAGCCAUGUCCUCCCAGGGACAGUCCCCCGCCGCCGCCGACCCGACCUGGCCCGAGAGGCUCCUCCGAGCUGCCCCCGGGCUGCUGCUGCAGCUGGACCCGAGCGGCGGCGCGCUGCUGCUGGGCGGCCUGGUCGCGCUGCUGCUGGGCGGCCUGGUCGCGCUGCUGGGCUGGAGCUGGCUGCGAUGGCACCGGUCGCGGGGCCUCCCUCCCGGGCCCACGCCCUGGCCCCUGGUGGGCAACUAUGGGCCCAUGCUGCUGCCGUCCUUCCUCCGGCGAUACGGCAACCUCUGGCUGGGCCGCCCGGCCAGGCCCACAGCGGUGGACUCAACAGCCGUGGGCUCCCAAGUGUACCUGACCAAACUGACUCGCGUGUACGGCAACAUCUUCAGCUUCUUCAUCGGCCACUACCCGGUGGUGGUCCUCAACGACUACCACAUCGUGCGCCAGGCGCUGGUGCAGCAAGCCGAGGUGUUCAGCGACCGCCCGAGGGUGCCGCUCAUCUCCCUCAUCACCAAGCAGAAGGGGAUUGUGUUUGCACACUAUGGUCCAGUCUGGAAACAGCAGAGGAAGUUCUCUCAUGCAACCCUUCGCCAUUUUGGUUUGGGAAAGCUUAGCUUGGAGCCCCGGAUUAUUGAGGAGUUCAAAUAUGUAAAGGAGGAAAUGCAGAAGCAUGGGAAAGACCCCUUUAACCCUUUCCACAUUGUCCACAGCGCUGUGUCUAAUGUCAUCUGCUCCUUGUGCUUUGGCAAGCGCUUCGAUUACACUAACGGGGAGUUUAAGGAGAUGCUUAGUUUCAUGUCUCGGGGAUUAGAACUGUGUCUGAACAAACAGCUCCUACUGGUCAACAUAUGCCCUUGGCUUUAUUACCUUCCCUUUGGACCAUUUAAAGAAGUGAGACAAAUCGAAAAGGAUAUAACCAACUUCCUUAAAAAAAUCAUCAAAGAUCAUCAAGAGUCUCUGGACAAUGAUAAUCCUCGGGAUUUCAUAGACAUGUACUUGCUCCAUGUAGAGGAGGAGAAGAAAAACAACAGCAACAGUAGUUUUGAUGAAGACUAUCUGUUUUAUAUCAUUGGCGAUCUCUUCAUCGCUGGCACUGAUACCACAACCAACUCUUUGCUUUGGUGCCUGCUGUAUAUGUCAGUGAAUCCCGAUGUGCAAGAGAAGGUUCAUGAAGAAAUUGAAAGGGUCAUCGGUUGUGACCGAGCCCCCUCCCUCACAGACAAGAUCCACAUGCCUUACACCGAAGCCACCCUUAUGGAGGUGCAGAGGCUGACGGUGGUGGUGCCGCUCUCCAUUCCUCGCAUGACCUCAGAGAAAACAGUACUCCAAGGGUAUAACAUUCCUAAAGGCACCGUGGUUUUACCUAACUUGUGGUUGAUACACAGAGACCCAGCCAUUUGGGAGAAACCAGAUGAUUUCUAUCCUAAUCGAUUUCUGGAUGACCAAGGAAAAAUUAUAAAAAAAGAAACCUUUGUUCCUUUUGGCGUAGGGAAGCGAGUAUGUAUGGGAGAACAACUGGCAAAGAUGGAAUUGUUCCUGAUGUUUGUGAGCCUGAUGCAGAGUUUCUCUUUUGCUUUAGCUGAGGGUUCUAAGCCCACCCUGAGUGGAAGAUUUGGUCUAACUUUAGCCCCACGACCUUUUAAUAUAACCAUCUCAAAGAGAUGAAGAGCGCCUCCAAAAUGAGAAGGUAAACAGGCUAAAUAAAUGUCCUUCUUAGCAGA